AGUUAUUGCUAGUCGCUCUAUUCCUCUGUAAUGGUAUCGUUUGUUUGUGCCUGUGGUGAGACCAUCAGAAAGCCCAAGGUGCGGAAUCAUCUGCAACAGAGGCACUGCGAGUAUAUGUCUUGCGUUGACUGCAAUCAGACUUUCUACGGUGAGGAGUACUCGUCACACAACAAGUGUAUAUCAGAAGCGGAGAAGUACAUGGGGAAGCUUUAUAAGCCUGGCUCGACCAGCACUGAGGGCUCUAAGCAGGAUCGAUGGCAGAGCAGUGUUAUGGAGGUACUGGAGAACUAUGAAGGGCCUCUGAGGGGGUAUGUUGAUACCUUGUUGGGAUAUGAUAACAUCCCCAGGAAGGAGAAGGCCUUCAACAACUUCAUCAAGAACAGUUUGAAGCUGCAUAACCCUGUUGAGAUGAAGAAGUUGUGGCAACUUGUGCAGAGUGCGGCUCCUGCUACGCCGCCUCCUUCGUCCAAUAACAAGAGGGCGGCUGAAGAUGAGCCUUGGGGUGGUUGGGAGGAAGAAAUCAACAGGGCGCUCAAGAAGAGGAGGACUGCUGAGAAAAGCAUGCCAUGGAAGCAGCUCCGGGAUGAGGUCGUUACUCGUUACUUGAAGAAGGGUGCUGCUGGAAAGGGAUGCAGGAGAGAGGACGUGAAUGACAUCAUGCUCUCGAAAAUUCCCAAGGCCUAUCUUAGUAAAUCUAAAAAUAAGGUUUCUCUCCCUUCUGAGGAGGAGGAGUAAGCGGCUGGUGGUUAUUCAAUUGUUACUGUCCGAUAGUUUCCUAACGUAAGAGG